AGACGUUUUACAAGGCCUGUUCGUUGGCGGGAUUCAAAAGUACUGCUGUGGUAGCUUUUGGAAAUAUUUCCCUUUUGAUGAAUGUUACGUGUUCGUAUGUGUUACUUCCUUUCGAACUAGCACAUUUAUAUAAUUCUUUAUUAUACCAAAUUUCAAUUGACAGCUAAUGCGUCUAGCAGUUCGCUGUCUUUGAUAUUCUUGAAAAUUUACAACUCUUAUCUUAAUGUGCAAUACUCAGGAGUCAAUUUUAGUCGCAACAAUAGGUGUCUCUUUAUUUUUGAUUGAUUACGGCAAUAUUGCUGCAACAUGACACUUUCUACUAAAGAUACUUCUCAUUUGCGUGAGCAAGACUUGUCAAAGCUGGACGUCAGCACCCUUACUUCCCUCUCACCUGAGGUUAUCAGUCGUCAGGCUACUAUUAACAUCGGUACCAUUGGGCAUGUCGCUCAUGGUAAGUCAACAGUGGUACACGCACUUUCAGGUGUCCACACUGUUAGGUUCAAGCAUGAGAAGGAGAGGAAUAUUACCAUUAAAUUAGGUUAUGCUAAUGCCAAAAUCUACAAAUGCACGAAUCCAGAAUGCCCCCCUCCGGAAUGUUACAAAUCGUACGGAAGCUCUAAGGAAGAUGAUCCGUUGUGCCUUAGACCAGGCUGUGGCCACAAGAUGGAGCUAAAGCGCCACGUUUCGUUCGUCGACUGUCCUGGGCACGAUAUUCUUAUGGCUACUAUGCUUAAUGGAGCUGCUGUUAUGGAUGCAGCAUUACUGCUUAUUGCCGGAAAUGAACCCUGUCCUCAACCGCAAACAUCGGAACAUCUUGCGGCCGUUGAGAUUAUGAGACUUCGGAACAUCAUCAUAUUGCAGAACAAAGUCGAACUUAUUAAGGAAUCUCAAGCUUUGCAGCGACAGGAGGAGAUCAAAAAAUUUGUGUCUGGUACUGCUGCUGACAGUGCGCCUAUAAUACCAAUCAGCGCUGUGUUGAACUACAACAUUGACGUUAUUUGUGAGUAUUUGGUUACUCAGGUUGCUGUGCCUAAGCGCGACUUUAAGUUGGCACCGCAAAUGAUUGUCAUUCGUUCGUUCGAUGUCAACAAGCCUGGAGAGGAAGUAGAGAAUCUUCAGGGCGGAGUUGCUGGAGGUAGUAUCCUCCACGGUGUCCUCAAGGUUGGUGACCAGAUUGAAAUCAGACCUGGUAUUAUUUCCAAGGACUCAAAUGGCAACAUUCAGUGCAAACCCAUUAUCUCCAGGAUCGUUUCUCUUUUUGCUGAACAGAAUGAGUUACAAUUUGCUGUUCCCGGUGGUUUGGUUGGUGUGGGUACAUCAAUGGAUCCCACUUUGACAAGGGCCGACAGAUUGGUUGGCCAGGUAGUUGGCCAUGUUGGCCAGCUGCCAGACUGCUUUGUAGAAAUCGAGGUAUCCUACUAUCUGUUAAGGCGUCUUCUUGGUAUCAAAGCACCAGAUGGUGACCGUAGCACGAAAGUUUCUAAGCUUAAGAAAGGAGAGUUCCUUAUGAUUAACAUUGGAUCCACUUCGGUUGGAGGCCGCGUUACUGGAAUCAAGCCUGAUAUGGCCAAGUUCGAGCUCACAGGACCUGUUUGCACACGUGUUGGUGACAAGGUAGCCCUUAGCCGCAGGGUAGACAAGCACUGGAGGCUAAUUGGUUGGGGUCAAAUUAACAAAGGGAAGGCCCUAACACUUCAGAAGUCACUUUGAUCACACUAAGUGAUUUUAAAAUAGAAGUGAUAAAAGAAAAUUUCCAGUUUCUGGAAUAUUCGCGCUGCCUUUGUGUCUCCUUUGAUGUUGCAACAGAGUACAGCAUAAUUCAUUAUGAAUAGCACGAUGAAGUCUAUUCGGAAAUCGCACAUUCACACAAAUGUGGAAAAGGCUGUUGCGGAGGCCAUUCGACGUGAACUGCGUGACCAUAAAGGUGAGGCCAUCUCUCUGAAGGCCUUCAGAUAACCGGUAUCCUUAAAAAAGGAC